GCGCUAAAGCCGCCGCGUCUCGUCAACCGUUCUACUUUCUGCGUCCAAUUGUCAUUUGAACGCUCGCUCCAAUCUAGCAAGUGCCGCCGUUGUGAUUUCGCGCAAGCUAAUGACAGAUGCAUCGUGCCCACUCUCUCCAUAGCAUUGCAUGAGAUCUGCAGCGCGGUGCACGCAGGCCUUUAACGCGAUCUGUUGUUUUUGUCUCGAUCCACCUGCCUAGCCCGAGCGCAUCAUCAGCCUGCCACCGGUGGAUAACGCAGCUUUCCCAGCGGGGGUGAGGCAGGGAAGACAUGCCGUCGCAGAGCAUCCGUCGCGACUACUGAGCGAGCCACCAUGAUGAAGACCGAAGCCACCUCCAAGAGCGCCGGCUCCACGCUCAGGAGCCCAUCCCCGCACAGGAGCGCCUACGAGGCGGGGAUGCAGGCCCUGAAGCCCGUCGCGGACAACGCCGCGAACGGCAAUUUACAGGAUGGCCCCCGCGGGCGCAGGUACGGCUCCAACGUGCACCGCAUCAAGAACAUGUUCCAGCAGCUGCAGACCACCACGACUGACGCCGAAUCCGAGGAGGGCGCCAAGGCAAGCGACAAAGCCGUGCGCCUCUCCCUUCCCAGGGCCGGCAGCCUGAACGAAAACGUGGACCACAGCGCGCUGCUUAAGCUCGGCUCCACAGUGUCCGAACGCGUGAGCAAGUUCGACACCAAGCCCGAGAACGGCCACCAACGGGCCUCGUCGCCCAGCUACUCCAAGCUGCAGGAGACCCGCCGCAUUUUCGAGCAGCAGCAGGAGAAGCUGGCCACCACCAGGGUUCUGCUCAAAGCAGACAAGGCCCCGGGCCUGCAAGAGGGCAGGCUGGACAUGAUGGCACGUUUCAACGGCAGCACCGAAUCUCUGGACAGCUUGGACGCCAGCGAGGCAGUUUCCCCCACCGUCAGCCAGCUCAGCGCCGUCUUCGAACGGGCGGCCGAGCUCCGAAACAACCUGAACCGUCUCUCGUCCACGCCGCCGCUCCCUUCCAGGGGGGUGAGUGCCAAGGUGGGUGUCUUGAACUCCAAAAUAAUCACCAAGAGGGCAGGAACGUUGGCCACCAGCAACCAGGAGGAUGACAUUACCAGUCAGCGGGACCAAGAGGGGCCUGUGAGGAAACCCUGCAGGGGGUCCAGCCCUGCUGAGAGCAUGAAUGGGGGUCAAAAGGUCGAGGUGGAACAGCACAGGGCAAAGACGGUAUCUGAUGCCGGUGUAGAGGCCAAGGCUGAGCAGCUGGAGGAGGCCAGCAAGGCUGCGCACUUCGAAAACGGAGAUGCCACCUCAUCAGGGAUAGAGGCGGCAGGGGAGGACAGCCGGACGCUGGGAGACGACGGAGGAAGCCAAGAGGAGGACGACGAUGACCACUACGAGGCCGAGUCCAGUUGCGUGGAGAUCGCCGGGCUGCCUGCUGAAGAGGAUCCACCCCCGUCCCGGAAAAUCCACUUCAGCACUGAGCCCAUCAAGGUGUUUGCCACCUACCCCAACGAGGACUACGACAGACGCAAUGAAGACGUGGACCCAAUGGCGGCGUCCGCUGAGUAUGAGUUAGAGAAGCGAGUGGAGCGGCUGGAUCUGUUCCCUGUGGAGCUGGAGAAAGAUGAGGACGGCCUUGGCAUUAGCAUCAUAGGCAUGGGUGCAGGAGCAGACAUGGGCCUGGAGAAGCUGGGUAUAUUUGUUAAGACCGUCACUGAGGGGGGAGCAGCGCAUCGUGACGGCAGGAUCCAAGUGAACGAUCUGAUCGUAGAGGUCGAUGGAACGAGUUUGGUGGGAGUCACCCAGAAUUUCGCCGCCUCCGUGCUAAGGAAUACGUCAGGAACUGUCAAGUUCUUCAUCGGGCGUGAGAAGCCAGGUGAACAGAGCGAGGUGGCUCAGCUCAUCCAACAGACUCUGGAGCAGGAACGCUGGCAGCGUGAGAUGCUGGAACAGCGCUACAACCAGUACAUGGAAGAGCAAGAGGGUGGCGAUUAUGGCAGCGACGAGGACGAGGAAGAAGAUGAAGACGUCAGUCCGCAGUACACGGGCGCCAUCGAAGUAUUCGACCUAGCGGAGAACGAGGACCUGUCGCCACUGGAGACAGACCCUGAGAAACUGGCUCAUAAGUACAAAGAGCUUCAAAUAAAACAUGCUGUGACUCAGGCAGAGAUCCAGCAACUGAAGAGGAAGCUGCACCACGCCGAGCAGGACAAGCAGCGCUGGCGCAUGGACAAGUCGCAGCUGGAACAGACGCUGCAAGAGAACAAGGAGCGCAUGGAGAAGCUGGAAGGCUACUGGAUGGAGGCGCAGAGCCUGUGCCAGGCGGUGGACGAACACCUGAAGGAGACACAAGCGCAGUACCAGGCUCUGGAGCGCAAGUACAGCAAGGCCAAGCGGCUUAUUAAGGAAUUCCAGCAGAAGGAAAUUGAAUACCUGAAGAAGGAGACUCAGCGAUGUGCACAAGUCGGAGCAGAGGCUUCCCUCCUCAAGGAGGAGUCGGGUCAGCUGCAGGAACAGGUGGCUGACCUGGAGUGCCGUGUGGAGGAGCUCAAAUCAGAACCUUUAUAAGAAGCCUUUGGGGGUGGAGGGGGAAAAGAAGAGGAAGGAGAGCACAAGGAGGAGCUGCAGGGUAUCUCUCGUCCACUCUCCAUGUAAAACCCAUUUUCUUUCACACCUGGAGAGUGUUUCAUCCCCGAAUUUUGUUAUUUGUGACACGUUGGGCUGUCGCCUUUUUUUUUUCCAAUUGCCAAACAAAAACAAACCUUCCUCUUUCUAGUUUGGUGACUUUCCAACGUGUACAGAUGUGACUACUGUAUAGGUGUGGUUUAACAAGAGUUUUUAAUGUUAUAACAUUUAAAACAUCACGUUAACUAAUUAGACAGAGGAGGGUCGUUGUUGUAAACUUGAUGUGAGAUUGAAAACUGAGGUGCUUUGCCAGGGGAUCAAAACUGGACUGAUUGUAACCAUGGCAACCACCUGCUGCCUAUAAGUGUUUGUGUAUUAUUAUUAUUUUUUAAACAUAUGUAAAAGCCCAGGCCUCCGUUCAUUCGUGACUACUAAUGGGAGCGGCCAGUACCAGCAGAGGACAUUUUAGAGUCUGGAACCAGCAGCUGCAGCACAACAAGGAAAAACAAACAAAGAAACAAAACACACACUGCCUGAAUCAAACGCAACACCUCUGUCUCGCCGCCACCGCCGCCAUCUUUGUAGAGCUCUGCUUCUAUUUUAACUUCAUAUUUAUAACACAGACACCCAAGCAAACAAACAAGUUAUGUUUAAAAUCAAUAAUGAAAAAAAAGUAAUAUAUCCGGAUGAUUAAAAUGAUGAAAAACAGGCACGGUUGUGAGUAUUUUUCCUAAUAAUGAUUAAGACUUGUACAGUGCACAUGCUUUGCAUUGUGUUUUGUGGAUUAAAUGGUCAACAGUGGUGGACUAAGUGUUUGGUUUU